UAAACACAAAACUGGAAAUUCAAGAUAGUAAAAAUAAAGUGUACAGUUCCAAUGGAGAUAACUGGAAUUUAUAUAGCUUCAAUGUAUUAAAGUUAAGGCACUUGAGAUGGUGAAGAUUUUUUUUAAACAACACUUUAAGGCCUUUAUACAAUGGAGUCUACAGAACGCUAGUUACAGAUGUAACUGUUGUUCUAUGAGCACAGUGUCUAACCCCUGAAAGUCCUCUUGUAUGCAUGCAUACAUGUCAUGAGACUUUCAACAAAGUCACAAAGUGACAGUGAUGUAUUAUUUGCUACACUCAUCAUGGGACGUCAGGGUAGGGGCUGAGUGUCCAGCCCGUUCGUAGACAGUGGUGAUGACCUGUGUUACCCUGGGGACAAGGUAACCUGUGUCUUUGCAAUGUGACCGAUCAAUAACUGGUCUGAUGAGCGAACAGCUGCUAAGGUACACCUGGAAGGUGCAUAAUUGUCACAGUAACGAACAUUCUGCAGUUUGACCUUUGUAGAAUGCUGCAAGGUCCUGGUUCACACAUUUGGGUGAAAUAACCUUAGGCAGGAACACAGGGUUUGGCAACUCCUGAAUCAUCCAGCCACCAGUGCAAGGAGGGUAAUCUUAUUGCCAAGGCAUGCAGUUCCCCCACCGUUUUGCAGAUAGUGAAGCUGCUGGUAGUGUGGGCAGAAUCAGCAAGUGAGGUGGAAACACAUAUACAUAGUAUGCUGUGAGGUCAGUCAGUCUUGUCUCAGAGUGCCAUUUGGCUCCACUGGGGAGAACCAAAUUCGACAAGGAGGCCACUCGCUGUUGGAAAAUAGGUCCACCUGUGUCUGCCUGAAUUUUUCUCUCAAUUCUCGCAGGUUACUGUGUUCUGACCUCACAUUUCAUGUCCAUACGCCCCCUGUGCCUCUGUUAUACCACACUGCCACCCAUCUGGUGAGGGAGGUGAUCUCUCAGAAGGGCGACUGCUCCUAGGCAUACCCUUUUUGUGAGAAAGGCUUUGUGGUUCCAGUGGGUCAGGGUCUGUGCCCCUUUUGCUGUGAUGAGAAUCAGAGGUUGACCAAGCAAAAGUGGGGGGACUUUCAGGAACGAAUUUAGUCCCCUAAGAUCUAGAAUAGGACAGGAGCCAUUCUUUUUUUCUGAACAAGAAAAUAAAAUUAGUAGAACCACUUGUUCUAAACGGUGGGGUCUACUCUUUGGAUAGCGCUUUUGUCCAAGAAGGAAUGAAUUUCUUGGGUCAAAGCGGUAACUUUUUCGAGGCCUGAAAUUGGUGAGGCUUUGAGCCCUGAGAAGGCUGGGGGGUCAAUAAUGGGUCUGCGACAUGGUCAUCAGGAUCCAGUGAUCUUGCAGCUCUGACCAGGUCUGUGGACCUUCAGAUAACGUCAGAGCGUUGAUUUGGCCCUCGGUAAAAUAUUGGUGCUGUGUGGCUGCUCUUCUUUGUUCUGUUGGCUAUAUGAUUCCAAAGCCUGAGCUUUCCUCUUUAGGGCUUCUUUAUCCACAGGAUGUGCUAAACUGAAACCUGCAUACUAAGUUAGCUGGCUAUAUAACUUUGUUUUGACAGGUUUGGCUACUGUUAAAUCAUGACAACAUGCAAUAAAUCUGUUUACUAUCAGUUAGCAGAGGGCUAGAUGCUGAGGGUAAAGGUGCAGGAGUUGUUUCUAUAUCAUUUCUUUAGUAUAUUACUGGGCACUUAAAAACCAUUAAACAAUUUGUACAUGUAUUAUUUUGUUCAGAGGUACUUUCAGCUAUUCUUGUCUACUCUGAUACAAAUAACAGAAUAAAGAUAUUUCUGCAUUUUUCCUCUUGGUAACAAUGUCCAAGACAUGUUUAAACCUCAUGCAUGGUUAUUCAUGGUUACUAUUUAUUUAGUACAGUAUACGGUUUGGGACGUAGCCAGCGGCUGUUAGUGUCUAAGCCUCUUGUGCGCCCUCUGUCGGAGAAGCACGACCCGAAUAAUAUAGACGUCAUCGUUAACCAGGUCCUUAAAGGAAUGUAAUAUAAUUAGAGACAAUAAUGUUGCAUUAGUUCCGAACAGCGUAUGUAAAAGAAAUGUGUUUUUAUUAAGAAAAUUGUAAUUGUGUAUAAAUAAAAAUAUCUGUAGUUUAUAUAUUACUUUGUUUCCAUAUUUUAGAACGCAGUGUAUUUUAGCGUACACCCUACCAGGACCUUUACAAUGGUACCAAGAUUUGCUGCUUUCCCUACAAACAUACUAGAUGUUUUCGGUUAGCCGCUCCCAGCCCAAAUAUGCUUGCAGGAAUCGAGGCUUGGUCCUGACCGGCUUCGGUAGCUCGAGACCGGUUGCUGUUCGGCGCAUUGGCGCUUAGCAUUAGCAAGUCCUGUCAGCGGAGCUCCAGCUCGACAUGUCCGGCGUGGCCGCUGCUGCUGUCGGGAGCGUUGGCGGCUCGGGCGCGGCAUGUGGGGCUUCGGGGGUCGCCGGCCGGCUGCCGAGCCGCGUUUUGGAGCACAUUUUCUCUUAUUUGGAUUUAUCGGACCUGAUGCGAUGCUCGCUGGUUUGCUGGCACUGGAACAACUGCUUGGCGGAUGAAAAUAGCGAGGUGUGGCGAAGUCAGUGCACGCGCUUACUCAGCGAAGAGGCGCUGCGCUCCGAUAUCCUCUGCAACCUCGCCACUUACAAAGGAAAAUUGAAGUCAUUUCAGCAUGCACUGAGCUCCCACGACUGCUCCAGGAACGUGUACGUUAAGAAAAACGGAUUCACGCUCCACCGUAACCCUAUUGCGCAGAGUACUGAUGGCGCUCGUGCGAAAAUUGGCUUCACAGAGGGCAGACAUGCCUGGGAAAUCUGGUGGGAGGGGCCGCUAGGCACAGUGGCAGUGAUUGGCAUCGCAACCAAGAGAGCGCCCAUGCAGUGCCAGGGCUAUGUUGCACUGCUUGGAAGCGAUGAUCAGAGCUGGGGCUGGAAUCUUGUUGAUAAUAACCUGCUUCACAACGGUGAAGUCAAUGGAAACUUCCCACAGUGCAAUAACGCACCCAAGUACCAGAUAGGAGAGCGAAUACGGGUGAUUCUAGACAUGGAUGACAAGACGCUGGCGUUUGAGCGAGGGUUCGAGUUUCUCGGCGUGGCGUUCAGGGGGCUGCCCAAGACCUGCCUCUUCCCAGCUGUUUCAGCUGUUUAUGGUAACACCGAAGUCACGAUGGUGUAUCUUGGAAAACCUCUAGACGGCUGAGGAGCAUCUCAGUGCCAUGCUGACAAAACCAAAUGCCAAGGAGACAUCCAGACGGCAUAAUAAUGACUCUGAGCAGUCCACAGUGUGAGAGCCGAUUCCUCUGGGCAGAAAUGUGCAGAUUAUAAACCGGGAUAAUGGGUGAGACUCUCCAAAGCAUGCCUCUGUGGAUUAAGGAAGUCUCUGGAUGGCUGAGGACGAUUGUUUUUAAAACUGAUUUUAAUGUAAUUUAUGAAAAGACACUGGGCUAUGUCCCAUUUAUAGUUAAUUAAUCCAGCCUGAUUCAGUGGCAGGUUUGAACCAUUAACCCCAGGCACAGAAUACAUUUAUAACAUGUUACAGCGAUGAGGGACUGUAAGUAUUGCAUUUAUACAGUAACUGGAUGGUUUUAGAAUUUUACUCUGCACCACAAAUACAACACUUAUGUAGGCAAAUGACAUGCCAAAAACAAUGUUCCAAUUACCUCUACACAGCUUGACCAUUUUUAACUUUAAUGCAAGACUGCUUCACUAGAGUUAGUGCUUUGCAUGCAGUGUAGUUGAAGCUGUCUGUUGCCAUUGGUGUUUGUGCAGGAAAUCCAAAAGAAAUUGUCCUGUUACUGUAAUACUUAAUUGUGAUGUACUAGUGUAUGAUAUUAAUUUAUUAGGUUUUAUCCUCAGUAUCACUGAGGUUAUGGGACCGGUAAAUAAACUAUAUAGGUGCCAGUCUGUGAAAGUGUA